UUGAGAUUUGAGGGGGAAGCAAACAUUAUUGUGUUAGAGGAAAUGUAUUGCACGAAUUAUGGAAAAAACAACGUUUUUUAUUUCCUAGUUUUGUAAUUAACGAACUUCAUGAAACGCAUUAAUUAUGAAUUUCUUGGUUUUCACGAUUAUGCUACUAGUUCAACUUGUCGACCAGACGUAAGUUCUCAUGGCAACAAAACUGUCAAAAGAGCUGGAAAUUUUCUUCUUGGUCCUAGGCUAGGAAAUUCUCCUGUUAGGAGCAUUGUCCAAUGCUUAGGAAGAAAAAUAGGCACAGAUAACUUUUAUACUUUGAAGAUUUUAACCCUACAAGACCUUAAGGAUGAAACUCAAGAUGACAGGCAAGGUAAAAUGCUCCUUCAUACAGAAUAUUCACUCUUAUCAUUGCUUCACAAUCAAGAAGGUGUAGUUCACCAUCAUGGUUUAUUUAAAGAUGAAUGUUUCGAAGAACAUAAAAAUGCAGCUGGAAAGAUUAUUUUGAAAAAGAGGAAAAGAGUUUGCCUUGUUUUAGACUGCUUGUGUGCACAUGACUUCAGUUCAGACACAGCUGCUUUGAUAAAUCUUCAGCACUAUGUUAUUAGAGAAAAGAAGUUGUCAGAGAGAGAAGCAAUGCUGAUUUUUCAUGAUGUUGUUAGUGUUGUUUCAGCGUUACAUAAGCAAAACAUAGUGCACCGUGAUCUCAAGUUGGGCAACAUUGUUUUAAAUAAAUUAACUAGAAAAAUUAUUAUUACAAAUUUUUGUCUUGGGAAACAUUUACUUAAUGAAAAUGACUUGCUGAAAGAUCAGAGAGGUAGUCCAGCCUACAUCAGUCCAGAUGUGCUUAGUGGGAAACCUUAUCUUGGAAAGCCCAGUGACAUGUGGGCGUUAGGUGUAGUUCUUUUCACUAUGUUGUAUGGUCAAUUUCCUUUUUAUGAUUCAGUGCCACAGGAAUUAUUCAGAAAAAUUAAAGCAUCUGAAUAUUCAAUACCUAGCUCUGAUGGAAGGGUAUCAGACAGUGCAAAUAUGAUUAUUAAGCAGUUGCUUGUUUUGAACCCAACGCAGAGAAUGACUGCUGGACAAGUUCUUGAUGCUUUAAACGCUUUGUUAGGAUCUUGGAUGGGUAUGUCUUAUGAAACAGACUGCCAAAUAGUUCCUGAUUGUAAGCCUAUUGAAGAGAAGAAUGAAGAAAGUAAAAACUAUUGUUGAUGCUGUUCCAUCUACAUCGUCAGCAACUGAAGAAGCUGUUGCAGCAUUGUUGGGGAAUGGCAGCUCGUUAUUUGAGCCCUCAACAUCGAUUAAAGACUGUCCAAUUCCAAAAAAAGUUCCCAAAACUGGCAAUUCAUUUCCAGUUUGCCAUAUAAAUGAAGAUGAACAGCCAUUAACUUCUGCAGAUAUAUUGAACUAUCGCCAUAUUCUGCCUGGAUCUUCAAAUAAAUAAAAAUAAUUUUAACUGAGAGAUAGGAACAUGCUUUAUGUAUUUCUAUGAAAACCUAAGGAAACGACAUCAUGUUUUCUCAAUCAUGACAAGAAGCAGAGACAUUUGUGACAGAUUUUUAAACUUUCUAGUUUUAUAUUUCAAAGAGAAUGAAUUAUAUUACUUUGUACAUCAAUUAAAUGUAUUAUUGUUUUCAAGUAAUAAAAGAAAAUCAC